CAUGCGAAGAAAGAAGAUCAAACCAAAAUCAUAGUGGAUUAUUGAAAAUUUUCCCAUUGACCCGACUCUAAACGACUUUGAUUCUACAAAUGUUAGUGGGCGAGGCCUACUUGAUUUGCUGAUUUAGUUGACCCGAGUCUAAACGACUUUGAUUCUACUUCCCCCAUGGAAAUCUCGGGUACCCGCUUUCCCGUUUCCCACAAGCAGGUCUCAAUCGAGAUUAAGGGAAUCAAAACGGAUAUAGUCAUUUGUCGUCACGAUGAUCACUAUCUUGUUAUCGCAACUCAAAUUGGAGCAAUGGGGACAAUGCUGCAAGCCAGGAAGGAGGAAGGGAUGGCAAUGCAGCCAACCUUCUCAGUUUCGACCGUUUUUGGCAAAAGAGAUGAGCCGAUGCUGGUCGCAUGUGCCCGCCAGUUGAUCGAACAAAUCAGUUUGUCAGGUUCCUACAAGCCAUUACUAAUCUCUCUUGGCCUCAAAGACCAUUCUGUGGAGACGAUGAAAGGCAUUGUUUCUGCUGUGUCUGAGAAUCGACUUUGGUAAACUUUUGCCUUGGAAACCCCCGUUUGUUCUUAUUUAGUGAGGAAUACAUAUUUAGAUUUCUACUUGCUUUAUAUGAUGUUGCACAUGUACUGUAUUCCACUGUGGCUGGAACUGGAUAGUGGAAUGGAGGGAGUGAGAAAUGGAGAGAGAAGAGUUUAUAUCUAAAUAAAAAUAUAAAGAUUUUUUUUUA